AUGCUCUACGCAGUUCAAUGGGCUCAGCAAACAGGGCAGACGCAGCAGACCAUCGUGGCUCGAGAGCUCUUCACCGCUUGGUUUGGUAUUAAAUUUGACGGCACUGGAGCGCUCCUUGCAGAGAGUAAUACUGCUUGGACUGUUGUCACAGAGCACAUCACUCGUCUCCAAUCUCUCAUUACGAAUGGCGGAGCGUACCAGGCUUGGACAUCUCCAGCAAAUCUCUUCUGUGGUGAUUUUGGAGAGCCAUUUGGAUGGGACACUCCAAUGAUUGAUAGCGCUGGGCAGCUAUUGAAAUCCCGCGCGACAGUGAAAGAUAUGUAUCACGACUGGGCGAGCUACAUAGGAGGUUCACAGGUACCAUACUACGUUCCAUCGUUGAACAACUACUAUCUUCUAUCCCCCACGACUUUCAGUGCGGAUGCUAUGUGUUCCGAUACCAGUGGUUUGCAAGGGCUUAACUCCUUUGGCAAUUCUGCGGACCUGAAAAGUCUAACAUUCGAUGGCUUAAACUAUCCCGUUUAUCGAGAGGCACUCUCGGAUUUUGUUUUGAUUUGCCCCAAUAGGUUGGGGGACAGCACGGCCGAUGCCACCUCGGCUGGUAAUAUCCGGCUGAGUGAUAUUGGAAUUCUUACCGUAGCCGAGGAUUUGAUCGACAGGCCACAACUAUCGUUUGUCAAGCCUAUGUGCACUGUGAUGCUUCAUGAAAUCUUGCACAUGGUGACCAGGUGGGAUGUGACCACAGCCGGCACGAUAAGCGGACAAAAUAUGAUUGUUGAUCAUAGUUACGAUAUGACGGACUGUCUAAGUAUGGCGCUCAGUCCCUGGAUAGUCACCCAAGAUGGAAGUACUGUGACAAAGUACGCUUAUCAGAAUACGGAAAAUUAUGUCCAUUUUGCUUUGGCUUGGUGGUACUAUAACUCCCAAACCGUGGGAACCGACACGCCGGCCACGUUUUAUGCUGGUUUCCUUCAAAAGUGGGACCAUUCUUAA